AGGUAUGGUGUGGGUCACAGGACGCUUCUUAGAUUCUAAAUUAACCGUUAGCUUAGCGGGUGAGCUAACCGUUAACGUGCCGUAGGGCUACCUCAGCUGUGCCACUGAUGUCUGAGUUCUUGGAUCUUACAUACGCAACCCUGAAGUCAUAAAAGUAUGGAAGAAUAUAGUACAGGUUUGGCUAAGUAUGGACAAAGGAAAACUAAAUGGGAUGCUGUGGAGGAGGAGGCAUUUCUCCUGCUUUUGAAAGUUCUCACCAGGUUGUGUGAAGACCUGCACAAUGCUAACAGCAAAGGUGACGACCUGCAAGCUUUUUCCUUACUCCUCCAGAUGACUGCCGAGUGCUUCCGAUCGCAGAGGAACUCGUGUGUUGAGAGCAAACGCAACCAAAACCUGCUCAGGGAACUAGGUUUCAUCGAUGUUUCUCUUAAACUUCUGAGUUACCUUCAGACAGAAGACAUUGGAAACAAAGAUUCCACUCAUGAACCUCUUCGAUGUGGAAUCCAGUUCCUUGGGAACUUGGCUGUUGGAAACCAGAUGAGUAAAGAUGAAAUUUGGCAACUGAGCUUCCCUGAUCUCCUCCUGCAGCUGCUCAGUGCCGAUGAUGAGAAAGUGGUCUCCUACGCCUCCAUGGUUCUCCACACGUGUCUGGAUGAAGCCAAGGUGGAGAAUCUGUCCCAGCCUCAGAACAUCAAGCUGGCUCUCAGGGUGAUGGAGCUGUGUCAGACCCAGCCGGACCUGGACUGGACAGUGCUCAUUGCAACCCAGCAUUUUCUCAAGUCUUCAGCUCUGGUGGAAAGCAUGUAUUCUGGGAUGGCCCAUCAUGAAAGAGUUACCCUGUUGGAGCUGCUCUUCGCCCAGCUAAGAGACGAGGACUCUGAGGGCUGCGGCGUUCCUCCCAGCGUGGCUCGUUUCCUGGCCAGUUCCUUUCAGAAUGGAUGUGGAGCUGUUUUAAUGCUAGCUACAGGCUCUGCUUCCAGUGACGAGGUCCUGCAGGAGGCGCUGACGGUGAUAAGUCUACUAGAUGUGCUGUGUGAGAUGACCUCAGACAACAAGCAGUUCAUGUUCCUGCAGGAUCUGCCGGACCUUUUAGACAGCACAGUCGAGCUGCUGGUGCAGGUGCACGCUCUAGGGAAAGCCAGUAAGAAUAUUUUCAGUGCGACCCAGAACUUCUCCUCCCUGACUAAAGAUGGAGACCCUUCUUCCUGCUCUCCUGUGAUCAGCUUUAAGGCCCACCUCAUCAGGCUCAUAGGGAACCUCUGUCACAGCAACACCAACAACCAGAAUAAGGUGAGAGAGCUGGAAGGCAUCCCGCUCAUCCUGGAUAACUGCAACAUAGACGGCAACAAUCCUUUUAUCAGCCAGUGGGCCAUCUUCACCAUCAGGAACCUCCUGGAGAACAACAAGGAGAACCAGGAGCUGGUUGCCAGCCUGGAGCGGCGGGGCCCGGCUGACUACUCCGCGCUCCGAGAGCUGGGAUUCCAGGUGGAAGAGCGCGAUGGAAGCUUGCUGCUCAAACCUGUGAGGAAAGACACCUAAAGACCAUCAAACAGAAGGUUCUCCUCCUCCAGCUUACUGGGAACAGCUAAACUAGGCACUCCUUGUCUUAUCAGCCUCAUCGAUGCUGCCUCAGCUGCAUCUGCUGGUUCAAGACCAGAAAGAAAACUGCCCUAAACACUACUGAUAGAAUAUGUAAGAAAAAAAACCUGAUUUUGCUUGAAAUUUCUUAAUCUGAAAAGUAUUUCCAACUACUUUUCUACCUCAGCUCUGCAGGGUUUGAGUUAAUAUUCAAAGGCCGGUCCAAAAGUCAGCAGGUCAACAGCUCCUGCUUUGUCCUGGUUUAAGUUUGGGAAAUAAGGAAUUGGUGAGUUUGAACACAUGCUGGCAUCUUUUAAAAAGGCCGUUGUCUUGUGAGUAAAUCCAAAGACAAAGAGCACCACGGUGUCCAGGCCUGUCGCCUUUCACAGACGACGACAUUGGCAGCAGGAGGCAGAGUUUAAUUUAGUGGCUUUUGCUGCAACCAUGAAACUUAAACAUGGCGUAAUCAACCCCCAUGUGGCCUUAACUAAUGAAAACAGUGGCAUUAUGAUCUUAAUAACCCGUUUAUUUAAACAUGCAUAUAAGUAUUAACAUCUGAAGUCAUCUAAGUGAAUGAUUUAUUAAUACAACUAAUAAUCUCAGGUGUAAAACGUAAUAAACUGAAGGUGCAUAACACCACACGGGUUCAGAGCCUCUGCUUGACUCGGAUAUGUAAAAACAAGACUUUCUGCGUCUCUUCUGGCUUUUGCACUGAUAUUUAAUUAUGAGUUUGAUGCAUAAUAACUUUUAUCUGUGGAUGCAUAAGGUCAAAAGAGUUCUUACAGCUGAUUCAGCCUUUCUAUAAAGGAAUGUGUUGGACUCCCACCAGACUCCACGGACCAUUGUUAGACUUUUAACCUGCUCUUCUCCGAGAGGUGCAUGCUGGGAGUGCUCAUUCACAGAGUAAACACAUGAAUCAGAUGAGAAGCAUCAGUUUGCGAGCUGACAUUCAUCUCUGCUCCUCCUUCUGCCCAAUAAGCUGAACGGUUCUGACAUUUUAACAAUGCGGCGCUUUACGGGCCUGCACACACCCUGCUCCACCCUGUUUUCUCUGCUUCCAAUUUUUAAUGACAAAAUGUAUCGAAACAAUCGCCGGGACUUUCCCCCCUCAAUCCAGCACCAUAGUGAAGGGAGCUUACGCGGUUCCGGUCCCUCAGAUUUCAGACGGCUAACAAAACAGCUGUUACGUGUGCUCCAGUGGCUGGCUGCAAUGCUUUUCAGCCCCCACAGGAAAGGGGGUGUGCCAGUCAGCUGGGCUGAAUGAGGUGGCUCGACUGCAGCCGGCCGUUCAGCUCCCCAUCAAAUCAGACCAGGCAGGAGAAUCAGCGUUUUACACCGCUGUUUUGUUUCUCUGCUUAUGGUUUGAUACCGGCCCCGAACAAAACCACCAUUCUCCACAUUUAAGCAGGGUAAUAAGGACUAAUAAAGUUGUACAGAUUUUUAAAAUGUAAAUGUGACCAAAGCUGAAAUAAAACUUAAAAGGAUGUUUAAAUAUAAUAAAAGCAAAAAAUGUCACAUUUCUUUUGAUACAGACUUUAAUUUUUGCCACAAACAAACGUAUAAACUUAAAUUUGCUUUAGUUAUGUCUUUAGGAAAUACUUUUGUGCUCUCAUUACUUUAAAAAGUACACACAAUGCUUUGAAAAAGUAUUUACCCCCCUUAAAGAUACUUUCGGAUUUUUCCUUUUUCACACUUAAUUGUUUCAGAUCAGUAAGCAAAUUUCAUUAUUGGACUAAAACAACCUGACUUACAAGAUUCAGCUUUCAUAUAAUUUAUUUUAUUAAAACAUUUCAAAUCAUCCUGGGUCUGUGGAAAAGCUGACACACUAACCCUACUUCACACUGGAAGCAUCAGCGGAAUGUCACUGCUUCAAAUAGUCCAUUAUAGUCUACGGGGGUGAUUCAAACCAGCCAUGACGCAGAAAUCCACAAGUAACAUGGGGCUAGACAGGAAAUCACAUUUUCUGUAUAAAACGCUCGGUAAUUUUCAAAAUAAAAGACUAUUGCAGCGAUGCGAUUUCAUGGAUUACGUCAACACAAGUGACCCACAGCUUAUUUACUCCCAGCAUUGUUCCAGAAGUGCAGCGGUGUGUUUUUAUGAAUUUAAUCCUGGCGGGGGAGAGGAACAACAUAUGUGACAUCAUAUGUGAUUUCCUUCUUUUUGGAUUAAUGGCAUAAACUCUGUGAUCCUGCGAGUCCAGCGAGGAGCAUGGCAGAGAAGCCGCUUCGCAGCUGAGGUUCUCCCAGUGUGUAGUGGCUUGCAGCGAAAGUCGCGAGUAAAACGUUCCGCUGCCGUUUCGCUCUGCUGAAGCUUCCAGUUUAAAGUAGACUUUAGUUGUCAUAAAAUUGGAAAAACAGGAGAAAUCUUACAACUUUUUCUACAGUACUGUUGUAGUUUACUGCAUUUUCCUAAGUGUCAGGUUUUUUUUUACCUGCUUUUCCUCAUCUAGUAUGUUUCCACAAACUUCCCUGUAGUACCAUUAAUGGUGUAACUCAGGUGAAGGGUUAAGGGUCUUGUUAAUAAAACAAAUGGAGUAUUUACUGCUUAGGUACUUUGAUAAACUCCAAAUAAGUUACAACGUUCAAAUAUAUUAAUACGAUGACACGCAAAAGGCUCGUCUCUAAAUUCAUCUUAAAGUUACCAUGACCUAAAGGGCCACGUUCCUCAUAUAAAAAUAUACUCUUCAAAUUCUUUUGUAAGCCUAAAUAAACUACUCUAAAUACAUUAAGUGUGCUACCCAGAAAGGCCUUUGAUGGUCUCAGACUCCCAUUUCUUUGUGGUCAGGAUUCGUGCCAGCAAUCGGAGCGGGUCUAAACCACGCUGGAAGGCUUUGUGUAAGCACAGUCCGCGUGUGGAAUUCCACGCCUUCGCUGCUCGAGGGAAUGCUGGUUGUGUCUGAACCUGAUUACACCUCUGUCGAGGUUUAUGUUUAAUUUUUAAAGUACAAAGUCCUCCAAAAAUCAAACGAUGAACAGAUUCUCCCUUUGCUCCCCUCUGUCCUUGUGUGACUCAUGUCUUAGGAAAAAGGGUUAAACAAUGACCAAAAAACUACAAAGGAAAACAAUUUGUUGUGAGAAGGGAUGCUGAUGGAAAUGAUGCUCUUCAGUGAAUGUUCUUCACAUGAGAAAUGAAGAUUAUAAUGGGGAUGUUGGAGCAUAGAUGUGGUUAACAUUGUUGGUGCCUUUCUGUUGGACAGUAAACAACACAAUACUUUACAAAAGUGUAAUAAAUAAAGAUUUACUGAAAAUCAGACAUUGCUUUUAAAAUGUGAUUCAACAGAACAGUUACAAAUAACAAACUGCUGAAAGUUGUCUGGACUUAAAUGGUGGUACCUCCAGAAAAGAUUGAUUAUGAUUUGAGCACGGGACAUGUUGCACUAAGGUUUGUCCUGUAAUCAGCAUCAGUUAUAGGGAUGUAAGAAAAUAUCGAUAUGGCAAUAUAUCAUGAUAUUUUUUCCAGCGAUAUAUCGAUAUUCAAAAGCAGUGUAUUUCAUUUGGGGAAGAAUUUACUUGCAAAUGUUUGUGUAUUUUCUUUUCUUUGGUGUAAUUCAAACGCUGGCUGCUAGUUGGCAACAGUGUGCAAUGGGUUUUGUUUCCACCAUUGAAAUGUAAAUCCAUCUAUUAUGAUUCAGAUACCUCUUGUUAAACAUGUUAAGUAUCAGUUUGGACUGUUUAUUGAAUUCUCCUAUAAUUAAUUCAGCAUAAAAAAUUGCUCAUAUCGUCUGACUGAAUGUAUUGCAAUAAUAUUGUGAUAUAUUGUAUCAUUUCCCCUGUAUUGUAAUACGUAUCGUAUCGCAAUAAUUUCACCAAUGCAUAUCCCCAAAAUCGGUCUUCAGUCUUAUAAUCAGUCAGUCGGCCUUUUUAAAGGUUGAACAUAGUCACAGGGCUGUUUGGUAUCAGGGUGUGUACCACAUUGAACAUGCAUUACAGAGAACUCAGGAGAGCAGAAAGACAAUUAUUGACCAGCAUAGUGAAGUUAAAAGGUCAUAUCCAGACAUGUUCACGUAUUCAGACAUUUAAAGCCCACGUUAGCCAACCUCCCUGGAUGUGACCUCAUAAUGGAUGACGAGUUAAAGAAACUGAUCACCAGUGAACCUAGAAAAAUGCCCAAGAGAUCAGAGUUGGACUGCAAGGUACAUCACUAGCCUCAUCCAUCGCAAUUCAAGCCAAAGUGGACUUAAUGGAAGACGGCCACAUAGGACAUAAUUUUUAAAGCAAAUCAUAAAAACGGGAGAGUGGAAUUUGACAAAUGUUUGAUGUCAAGCCUGAAAGAUUCUGGGAGAAUGUCCUUUAGAUGGAUGAGACAAACCUGGAGCUUAUAUCUCUUUGAAACGUACAUAAAAACACUGAAUCUAUGGUGAAACAUUGAGGAAGCUUAGUUCUGUUUUAGAACUUUUGUUCUUGCAUCUGACUCAGGGUGUUUGAGACAUUCUGGAGCUAACUGAAACUCAAACACCCAAGAAUGACUAAGAACUGGACUAUUCUAAAAUGGCCUUUUAUCCUGAUGUGAAGCCUGAUGUGAAGCCUAUUCAACAUCAGUAAAGGCGGCUGAAACAUCUGGAGAGGACCCCCUUCAUUCCUGCGAUAGGUGGACAUAGACUUCACACUAAGAGUCACAGAAAUCACUUAAAGAGCAGGUUAAGUGAGAACCAACUUUUACUUAUUAUUUUUGAAAAUGAUAAGUCACUCUGAGUUGAACAUGCAGACUAAAUGUCUUCUACCCCUAUCUCUCACAUUAGCCUCAUAGAAAAUAGACAGAAAAACGUCUGACAGAUCUAAGUCACACGGUCACGUAACGUUCAUGGACUCGCCCAUCUUAGCUCGCAACAGGGAAGACUGUUGUUGGUUUAGCAUCCGGAAACAUCAGGGAACGUCUCGACUAGUAGAAGCUAACCAUUAGCAUCAGCAGUGUUGCAGAGCAAACGGAGUUGAUGGUAGAGUAUCAUUGCUGUUAUCAAAUGCGAGGCAAGAUGUCCAAAUAUCAGGAAAUAAAGUUAAAGUCGCAUUAGUCAUCACCCACCAGUGAAAAUCAUCUCCGCAUUAGACCCAUCCCUGUGAGGAGCGGUGAGCUGCAGCUGUGGCCGCGCUCAGGAACCAUUUGGUGGUUUAACCCCCCAAUCCAACCCCUCUAAAGCGGAGUGCCAAGCAGGGAGGCAUUGGGUCCCAUUUUUAAAGUCAUCGGUGUGACCCAGCCAAGAUUUGAACCUUGUCCCAGUCCCAGGGCGGACACUCUACCACUAGGCCACUGAGAAGACUAGACUCUGCCGUCUGAAGCUACUGUCUCCUCCAGCUGACUUCUAGGUCCUCAAACAGGAGCGUCUGAGAUUUUUCCAGAAAACGACUUACAAGCCAUUCAUUCCUACUAGAGACCAUUGCAGAUGUAUUAAUUAAUAUGAGUGAACUUGACCUUAAACAAAUGUUUCCUUCAAAUGUUUGCAACAAAUCCUGAGUUCAAAACCAAUGUCUGAAUUCUGGUAUUUCAAAGGGUUUUUCUUUCCAUAACAGGAGGAUACCAACAAUUAUAUCCAUGUCAGUAACUACGAAUCUAGCAAGGCUGUACAGUUUAAAGAUGUUUUACAAAAAUAAUUGCUUAAUUUUCAGUGUUUCAACAGAAUACAGUGUAAGAGGACCGUUUGGCUGCAGUCAUUUAGGCUUUAUCUGAACCUGGCUUGGAUCAGAGUAACCCAAAUGUAGUGUUACCUUUUUUCAUUUUGCUCUACACUUAUGUAUUAUAUACAUCAUAUAAAGAUGUAACAAUAAAGCUUUAUUGGAUGCAAACGAAAUUCA